AUUUGCUCAAAAAAUGAAAACUUCUCCAUCUUCUUCUUCUUGUGUCUUUAUAGUAUCUUUCUUUUUCCCUAGACGGCUUAGAUAGAGUUGAAACUCAUAUGAAAAGCCUCUAAUUCAAUUCCACCAUCUGUCUCUCUCUAUCUCUAUCUCUCUUCAAAUUCAAACCUCAGUUUACGCGUAGAGACCAAAAAGGUACAAAAUCUCAAAAAAAAAACCAAACAUAUUCACUUAAAAAAAAAAACAGACAAAAAGACCAAUAAUCAUUCAGACACGACCAGACAGAAGAAGAUGAAACGGUCCAUCUCCUUCUUCUCCCUCACCUUCCUCCUCUACCUCACGACAGUAACUUCAGAUCUCGACUCCGACCGUCGCGCCUUACUCCUCCUCCGCACCAGCGUCCGCGGCCGCCCCUUACUCUGGAACACCACCGCCUCCUCUCCCUGCUCCUGGCGCGGAGUCCACUGCGACGCGGGUCGGGUCACUUCCCUCCGUUUACCCGGAGCUGGCUUAUUCGGAUCCUUACCUCUAAACGGAAUCGGGAACUUGACUCAGCUCCAAACGAUCUCCCUCCGAUUCAACUCGCUCUCCGGUCCGAUCCCUUCGGAUUUCUCAAACCUCGUCCUCCUCCGUUACUUGUAUCUCCAAGGUAACGCCUUCUCCGGCGAGAUUCCCUCGUUUUUAUUCGCGCUUCCGAAUUUGAUCAGAGUGAAUUUAGGGGAGAAUCGGUUCUCGGGUCGGAUCCCGGGUAAUGUGAACUCCGCGACCCGGUUGGUUACUCUUUAUUUGGAGAGGAAUGAGUUAACCGGUUCGAUUCCUGAGAUUACGAUCAGGCUUGAGCAGUUUAAUGUCUCUUUUAAUCGGUUAAACGGUUCGAUUCCGGUUUCGUUAUCCGGUUUUCCUGUAACCGUUUUCCAAGGAGGGAACAACACUCUCUGUGGGAAGCCGUUAGAGGCUUGUGAAGUUGACGCCGUUCCUCCCUCGCCGUUAGGGGGUAAAGAUAGUGACAAGUUAUCAACUGGAGCUAUUGUCGGAAUUGUGGUCGGGUGUGUUGUUGUCGGAUUACUGUUGCUUCUCUUGCUUCUGUUCUGUCUCUGUAGAAAGAAAAAAACAGAACCACCACCGAGACACGUUGAAGCUCCUGUCGCCGCCGCCGCUCCGACUUCCUCCGCGGCUGCGAUACCUAAGGAGACGGCGGCUAACGUCCCUGAGAGUGGUGUGGUGAGUAAAGAUUUGAUCUUUUUCGUGACGUCUUUGGGGGAAUUCGAUUUGGAUGGGUUGUUGAAAGCUUCAGCUGAGGUUCUUGGGAAAGGAACUGUUGGGUCUUCGUAUAAGGCGAGCUUUGAUCAUGGUUUAGUGGUUGCUGUGAAGAGAUUAAGAGACGUUGUGGUUCCUGAGAAAGAUUUUAGAGAGAGGUUGCAGGUUUUGGGGUCGAUGAGUCAUCCUAAUUUAGUGGCUUUGAUUGCUUAUUAUUUUAGCCGUGAUGAGAAGCUUCUUGUCUUUGAGUACAUGUCUAGAGGAAGCUUGUCUGCUCUCUUGCACGGGAAUAAAGGAAACGGGAGGACUCCGUUGAACUGGGAGACCAGAGCUGGUAUAGCAUUGGGAGCUGCAAGAGCGAUUAGUUACUUACAUUCUCGUGAUUCUACAACUUCUCAUGGAAACAUCAAGUCCUCAAACAUACUAUUGUCUGAUUCCUAUGAAGCUAAGGUCUCUGAUUACGGUUUAGCGCCUAUCAUUAGCUCCACAUCUGCGCCUAACCGUAUAGAUGGAUACCGUGCUCCUGAAGUAACUGAUGCGCGCAAAAUCUCUCAAAAAGCUGAUGUUUACAGCUUUGGUGUCCUAAUACUUGAGCUACUAACAGGGAAGUCUCCAACACAUCAGCAACUAAACGAAGAAGGUGUAGAUUUGCCGAGAUGGGUUCAGUCAAUUACGGAUCAGCAAUCACCGUCUGAUGUGUUUGAUCCAGAGCUCACAAGGUACGAAUCCGAGGGCAAUGAGAACAUUAUCCGGCUCUUGAAGAUUGGUAUGAGUUGUACGGCUCAGUAUCCAGAUAGUCGUCCUACCAUGGCCGAGGUCACUAGACUCAUCGAAGAGGUUUCACAUUCAUCAGGCUCCUCCCCAAACCCAGUAUCUGACUGAUUUUAGUGGGGGGUGUAAAUUGAUCGAAUCCAAAUUGUUUGGGGCUACAAGUGUAAUUUCUUGAAUAGUUUAUACGCAUUCCCCGCUUUUUUCUUUCCUUAUUUGUGUGUCCUAGUGUGUUCGUUAAUUAUUGAGCCUCAAAUUGAGAUGAGACUUUGCAGAUCAUUUUAUAAUUUUAAAAAUGUUCAUAAAAUUAUUUGCUAAAGCUAGUUUUUGUAUAAAGGGUUAUUGGUUGUGUGUGUGAAUUAAAUGGUUUGUUUUCUUCGUAUCUUAUCCUACAAAUCUAAGCCAACAAGGCUGCUGAAAAUAAAAGUCAACAAU